UCUUCUCAGCACUUUCAGAGCAUGCUGAAGACCAAGCUAAAUGUGCUGACGCUGAGGAAGGAGCCGUUACCCACGGUGAUCUUCCAUGAGCCCGAAGCCAUUGAACUUUGCUCUACCACUCCACUUACAAAGAACAAAACUCAUGCUGGAUACAAGGUGACGUACCUGGGCAAGGUUACUAUUUCUGGGACCAACUUCACAUCUGGCUGCACAGAAUCAGCGGUGGUCGGUCUGGUGGAACAUCGCGCCCUCGCUCAGCAGCAGGGCACGUGCCCUCCUGGUAGCUCUCUACUGGAGAUUCGUCCCUUCCAGGUACGUCUUCACCAUCUGGAUGGGCACAGUGAGGCCUCGGUAACCAUGGACACCUACCAAGUGGCGCGGAUCGCAUAUUGCACAGCCGAUCACAGCGUCCGACCCAACGUGUUUGCCUGGAUCUACCGGGAGAUCAACGACGACCUGACUUUCCAGAUGGACUGCCACGCCGUAGAAUGUGAGAGCAAGCUGGAGGCCAAGAAGCUAGCACACUCAAUGAUGGAGGCUUUUCGCAAGACUUUCCAUAGCAUGCGCUGCGAUGGGCGCAUCCAUAAGAGUGGCUCUUCAGAUGAGUUUGCUGAGGAUUCAUCUACUCCAGAAGAUUCAACCCCAGACGAUGGCUGA